AAUAUGUAAUGAUUUUUCCACAGAAGCUGUCCACAUGAAGCCAGCCUCACAGAAGCCACAGGUCACAACCUCUCAAGAUAAGGUAGCUUCUGCUCCUUCACAGGUUGUACUUCCAACACCUCCUCCUAAGGUGUCUUUGGAUAUGCGGUCCACCAGAACCCAUGGGAUCAUGGAGUGCAGUGCAACAAAAGAUUCGGUAUCCAGCAAGACAGCCAAGUCAUCUGACAACAGUGAUGGCAGUGGCCAGCAUGACAGGAGACAUCAUGACACGCCUUACCAAAAAAGAAACCAUGAUCGAGGUGACAAUCUUGACCACCAUGACAGGAGACACCAUGACACACCUCACCGAAGAAGAAGCCAUGACCAAGGUGACAGUCCCGACCACCAUGACAGGAGACACCAUGACACACCUCACCGAAGAGGAAGCCAUGACCAAGGUGACAGGAGACACCAUGACACACCUCACCGAAGAGGAAGCCAUGACCAAGGUGACAGGAGACACCAUGACACACCUCACCGAAGAGGAAGCCAUGACCAAGGUGACAGGAGACACCAUGACACACCUCACCGAAGAAGAAGCCAUGACCAAGGUGACAGUCCCAACCACCUAUCUUACUAUAGUGACAGUCCCGACCAGCAUGACAAGAGGCACCAUGACACAUCUUACCGAAGAAGAAGCCAUGACCAAGGUGACAGUCCCGACCACCUAUCUUACUAUAGUGACAGUCCCGACCAGCAUGACAAGAGGCACCAUGACACACUUUACCGAAGAAGAAGCCAUGACCAAGGUGACAGGAGACAGCUUGACACACCUGACCGAAGUGAUAGCCCUGGCCAGCAGGAGAGGAGAUAUGAAAAACACUAUCAAAAUAGAAGUCAUGACCACUAUGACUGGGACAAUAGACGUGAUAGACACAACCAGAGAGACAACAAGAGCAGGUGUGACCCUUGUAAUGACAAUCAAAAGAAUCACAAAGGUAGCCAGGAAGAUGCUGAAUCCAGCUUCCCUCUAACUAGAUUUCAGAAGCGAGUGUUACAACUUCUGCUGGACAUCAGGAAAACUGUUUCGGAUACGAGCACAUGUGGUGGUAAACCAGCUGACACAGCUUGUACUCUUACAAUCAAACGGAAUAAUUCCCUGGAAGAAGUGCAGAAUCUAGAGGAUGAAUUGGUUAAUCCCAGUUAUUUCAUGGAAGUGUGCAACCAGUGCGUCCGCAUAGGUGGCUAUAAUAAGAGAGAUAUGGUCUCUAAUUUGAUGUGCAGGUUUAUGACCAAAAACCUCAUGUGUCAGUAUAACAUGCUUGGGCAGAGAGGCAAGCUGUCUUUUAGAAAAACAAAGUUAUACAAUGUGAUUCAGGAGAGCGUGCUUAAAAAGUUCUCAGAUUCAAAUGUGACAGAAAUACAAAUGAUAGUUGCAGCAAAAUUGCACAGCAAGACCACUACACCACUGUGGUGUAGGGGUCUUGCUGCCUGGCUCUCACUCAAGAGACCCGGGUUCGACUUCUGGUGGCAGUGGGUAUGA